AUGCAUCCCAUUGCUGGGCCUUCCUCUUUGGCGAUGCAACCCGGGGGUGAUCCGACCGCCGCCGAUGCGGCGAAUGACGCAGAGGAGCAAGGACCCAAGCGUCGACGGAUCUGGGCUGCCUGCGAGCUCUGCCGAACAAGAAAAGCUCGCUGCAAUGGCGAGCAUCCUUGCAGCGCUUGCAUCAACAAAGCUCGCUCUGCUAUGCCUCGAACUCCGGGGCGAGCGGCUCAUUCCGCAGCUAUCGAAGCCCAUGCUCUUAACCUGUGCGUCUUUGAUUGGGAUCGUGCUCCGCGGGGACCCAAGGCGAAGCCUCAGGCAGCGACUGGGGCAAACUCUUCGACCUCAGGCGUGCCAGCUUCGAAUGCUGCCCAGACGAAAGCCAAGAAGGCGCCGCUGCCAGCGAGAGGGGCGCCGCGGAGCGACAGGAGUGCCGGGUCUGCAUACAUGGCUGCGAGAGCAACUGGAUCCGGAGCGAGGAGAGACAGUAAUUCAGCGGAUGGCAGUAGUCCGAGCACGGUACUCGGUCCUUCGCCCAGCUCUUCAGCAAAUGGGCACUUUGCUGCGGUGCCGUCGGCAGCCUCCUCUCCCGGCGGAACUACUUCCUCCGCCGCCUUUUUUCAUCAGAAUCGAUCUUCUGCCGCAUUUGCAGCCAUGCACCUCGGUCCUGGGGCGCAUGAGCCCCCUCAAUUUCCUCUGCAAGCUCCGCGAGCAAAUAUGGCGCCGUAUCCAUACUGGCAAGACCAGCCGAAUCCAAAUCCGAACGAUAUCAUCAAUCGUGCAGCGGGUACAAGUCACGAACUAGUAUACUCGCACCACGGCCCCAUAUCUGUCGACUUGACCCAUGCGCCCUCUACGAGCAGCGCGCAAAGUGGAAGCAGCCGGUUGAAAUCGCCAAUUUCGCCACUGCAAACCAGUGCGGGUCUAUGGGCCGCCAAUAGCCCUUACACGCAGCUCUACGCCCCACCGCCCUCGACGGAUCCGACUUCGCCGCCACCCUCUUCGUGGUCGGGUGUGGAUCCUGCAUCCGCCCGGUCAGCUGGAGCGACAAGUCCGCAAUUGAACCCUCAGCAGCCGCAGCCGCCGCCCUCGAUGCUGGAUCGUAGACGUAGCUUCAUCUCGUCGCUUCUGAAUCAACUGCAACAAUACUACUCCCGAGACGACAGGCUCUACAUCGCACUAGCGGUCGCGCAAUUUGCAGAUUUGGACGCGUCCACGAAGCUCUUUCCGGCCAGGAUCCUGUGGGGUGUUGACCCGAUGACGGGCGAGCAGCCUCCACCAAUUCCAAAUCACCUACAAAUCGCGCUGCUUUCCUUGCUAGCUCAUAGAGCUUUGCUCCUUCCUGGCGAGCGUAGCGAACGUGACCUUGAAGCUGUCGAGGCGGGCGUUCGAGAUGAACUGCUCCGAUGCAAGUUGACCAAUGAGCAAUUGAGGGAAGGGCUGCUUGGGUUUGCUCGACGUAGCUGGAAUAUUGCGCACGACUUGCUCCUACAGCUCAUCGCUGAAGGUGCCGUAGACCCCCUCUUGCUAUUAACAGGAUACGCUCUUGACAUGUCAGCAUCUGAAGAUGGUAUUUCGUCACAUUCCAUGCUGGAAAUGAAGGCUUGGCUGUUCUACGUGCUUCGCGCCUGGCGCCUCGACGUUCUCGAUUUGCCUGCUCACAUAUCGCCUGAGGAGGACAGUACAUCUCUGAGCGAGGAACAAUCCGAGAAAGAAUUGGCGCAAUUCACGGAAGGCACGCCAAGGCCUCGCAAGUGCGACGCUCGAUUUUACGUUCAGUAUCCUCCGGAUCGCGAUGCUCUGCGACGCGUGACACUAAUCAUCUGCUCGAGCUACGUCUGGACCCGCACCUCGGAUGAUUUCGAAGCCACGCCGUUUUCGCUUUCUUCUCUGAAGAUCAGCCUCGUGGGGUCUGACAAUCUUAUACAUCGCGGCGCAGCAUGGACUCCGACCAGGAGGGACGGCGCAAUGACAGACACAUCAGUCUUUGCAGUUCAGCACGUUGCUUUUCUGCUAUUUGGGAGGAUCAUCCGCAUGCUCAAUACGCCCCUUGAGGUGCUUCUCGCGGAGAACGGCCCUGAGCCAGAUCUCCAGAAGGCGGUCGACGAAAUCGAGGAGACAUUGCAGUGGGCCAAGGCAUGUCUACCAAUGCCAAAGCUUGAUGGCUCAGAGAUGCCUUUGGCAGUCUCGGGGUUCCUGCACCUGCGCGUCAUAGAUCUGCUUGCUUACAGACUUUUCGCAGCUAUUGUGCUGUUCCAAAAUUUCGUUGCCGACGAGCCAGAGGUUGCGUCCAGCUCUUUGCGCUUGCAAAUCAUUAUGGAGCCGACUCCAGAUCUGAGCAGCCAGUACGAAACCCUGCGCACAGGUCAUUUGAAGAACAAUUAUAGCCUGGAGCAGGCUAUGGAUGCGCCGCUCAGUGCUUCGGUACGCCCUGAGAGACCUCCACCCCGCCCUAUGCUGCACAUUUCGAAGGACCCAUCUGCGGCGGCCAUGGCACCAUUGUUUGAGGUCGACAAGGUUGUUUCAAAGACACUCACCAUGCUGGAGAACCAAGCAGAACCGGUGGCGGAAGAGGUCGAGAUCGAUGUGUCUCAAGAGGCAUGGGCCAAACAUUUCGAAAAUCAUGGUCCUGCACCUUACUGGGCUGAGCCGGUCACACACGCCAAGAUUCCGCCAAAAGCGACGCAGGAAGUGGUCGAUGCUCUUUGGCAAAUCGGGGACCGCAUCAUCCGCCUCUUGCACUUACUUGGCAAGUCUGGAAGCAUGCACUCCCGGACCACCGCUGAGAAGGCUCAACGAUAUCGAGCCGAGCGCAUCGCUUGGGUCCAUGCACAGAAGGCUGCACAGCUUCACGGCUGA